GAGCAUCACGGGGUCCUGGUGAGAUCAUCGUCGAAGGCGUCGUCGCUGUCGUCGCCAUCGUCAUCGUUAGACAGCAUUAUAAUGCUCAUGGGAUUGUAAUUUCAACGAAGAUGUCUCAGAUAACGAGCAAGAUUUCUCUCCAGGAAUAUAAGAUGAGAAAUUGAAUUAUUUGAGCACAGGGAUUGGUGCCAUGCAGGUCCGUCUAGAUGGGAAGCUGGCGUUGCUGUAUACUCUAUUGGUAUUACAAGUUCUGAUUGUUAUGGUCUACGUAGCCACAACUCCGCCAGCCGAGCUAGCUGUAUCAACGACUCGUGCAUCCGUCAGUUUUGUCAAGUUCGAGGCGUCACAGGAAUUGCACGUGAGUCAGGGCAAUCGUAAAAAAUCACCAAUCUACCAGACAAUCAAUAGGGAGGUAACAUUGAAGGAUGUCAAGACGUUUAGAUUGUUUGAAGUAUACAAUCGUACCGUAUGUUGGAAGUUUGGAGUGGACCAGCAUAAAAUGAAAAGCAAUGAGCAUUUGGAAAAAUGUAUUUGCAAUCACGGGUGGCACGGCUUGGAUUGCGGACAGCCAGAAGUCGUGUGGAGAGCGAUCAUGGCGUCGAAGCAAAAUGUCAGUCUAAAACGUCGUAAGACCGCCAGACACAUUAUUCAUACCUUUUUCUUGAGCGACUACAAUUCGGCGAUUGCCGAAGUAAUAGUAGAGGAACUCUACAAUGUGGUGGAUCUUUUCGUAAUUUGCGAUUUCAACAACGCAGAGGACAACUUCCGUCAUAAGUUAUCUAAGGGAUUGCUGCAGCGGGAGCAGAAGAAGAUUUUAUACAUCAACGUGGCGUCCAAGUCUCGUAAACCAUCUAGAAUAAUAUCGAGAUAUGUUUGGGAUAAAAUCAAGACUGUGGUGCCGAAUUUAAAAGACGACGAUAUCUAUGUAACAACAGAACCGGAGCAGAUACUGAAUUCCAGGGCAUUAAUGUUCCUUAAAGUGUAUGAUGGUUGGCCUCAGCCCAUUGGGUUUAGAUUAAGAUGGUCGAUAUACGGCUUUUUCUGGCAGCAUCCACUCAAGACAACGAUCACGCUCGGCGCAUAUACUGUCGGCUUGAUGUGCAACGCCUAUCAAUCCAACUCGCUUGUGCUGCGACAGCAGUUGGACGGAGAUACCAGUGAAAGAGAUAUUUUAGGAUUAGUCAUAGGAGAUUUGAAUCACUACGGCGGGUGGUAUUGCAAUCUGUGUCAAGCGCCCGCAAAUAUUAUUAUCGAUCUUCGCAAUAAAGUCCAAUCUAAGGAGAUUUAUAUCGAGAAGACUAUCGAUGUACCGUUCGUCGAGGACCUAAUAGGUAGCGGACUAUGGUUGGACGGUAAAACGAGUCUUCUAAGAGUCUCUAAGUCCAGGGAUUCCUACUUCGCGCCAGAAACGAUUCUCAACAAUACAUGGAAGUACGACUGGCUGGUAGAAAAUUUUUACGCUAAAUUAGAUUAUUACUGACGUACUGGUCGCACCCGACUGUGAUAUUAACUCAUACUCAAUACUCAAUGUACACUAAUGUAAUAUUAUAUCGAAUUUAUACACUAAAUAUUACGUUGACGAAAUAUAAAUGUUAAAUGGUUUAUACAUAUAAC